CAUGCCAUUCCUCAACACACUGACGCAUGCUGGGCGCCGAGUACGUCUUACUUAUACUCGAAUGACGAACGACCUAUUCAGCCCACAGCCUUCAGACAUUACACCUUGAUCAUGCCUUCACGACCCAACCAAGCCAUAUCAUCCGCAUCCCGCCGUGCAAAGCGUACCAUCGACUCUGCCUCCCCUUCCACAUCCUCCGCUUCGCUAACCCCUCCAUUGUCUUCCCAAUCUCAUGCCGCAACAACCACUCGCAGUGGACGAUCUGUGAAGCGCCCCUUGCCAGACUAUACAGAUGACUCCGACGACGAGGAAGACAAUGGGGCAGCUGAAGAUGUGGAUGAAGAUGAGCUGGAAGACGAAGAAGAGUCAAUUGAUACAGACUCUGUGCCUGUUGCCAACCCGCUUCGUAUCAAGCUGACGGUCAAUAAUCCUGGCAUACAGCCCAAGCCUCGCCAAUCCACAUCUUUUACGAAAAAGUCCGCGACACACAAAAAGAAGAAGGCUGAAGAGCCGCCUGAUAUGGACGGAGAUAUGCUGGAUGACGACGAUCUGGAAAAUGAGAAGGGUGUGACGUUUGGCGAAGGAGAAGAUGACAGUGCAACGGGAAGUAAGAGUCCGACAAAAAUGACAGCCAGGCAGAGGGCCAAAGGGAAUAAAGAUCUGCAAGAAGGAUUACUUGUUCUCGAAGAAGCUCCAUCUUCCAGAGCAUUAGUGCUCACUGAACAGGAGAAGCUAGAGAGGAAGGAAGAAGCUUCCAGAAGGCGAAGAAGACAGGUUGAGCAGAAAUUACAAGACGAACAGGACGAAACUAUUAACCGACUCCUGAGGGCACAAACAAGCCGUUCUCGAUCAAAACUCGAUAACCCUAUGGAUCUCGACGGUGAUAGUCCAGCGGUUGCUUCACCUUCUCGUCGUGUUCAACCGGCUCCUGAAGGCAUGAUCCGCUGGAGUAGCAAAAUCACUAAAGAAGGCGACGUUGUAAUGCGCGUUGCGGCACCAAAAGAAAAAGAGUCAUGGUUGGACUUGGUAGGAACCAAGCUGGACGAGGUUGAUGGGAAGCGAAGAUCGUUAAAUAGUGGAAAAGGGAUGUGUGAUGUUCCUGGUUGCGGCGAAAAACGCAAAUAUCGAUCAGUCAAGGAUUUCGAGAGGGGAGGAUGUUGUAUAGAGCACUUAAAGGCAGUCGAGGCAUCAUUGUAGAUAAACUGUAAUGUCGUGUAUCUGUAAGAGAUUAACAUGUGGAACGCAUUUCUAAUUCGAGGUUCGCCUCUUGUCGCUUG